AUGGCAGAGUACAAAGAGUGCAUGAAGAGCGAGUUGGAUAUUUUUCUAACACCUCCUGUACAAACAUCCAUUCUACGCGCCGAUGAAAUCUCUUAUCAACCAUUGGCAAGCCUCGAGAAUCCUAAAGUUAUAGAAUUUUACUCAGUCGCGCAUGGAGAUUGUUACCGAGAUUUGUCUUCAAUCUACAUCAAAUUUAAAAUCCAACUCCUUAAGGAGAAUGGCGAAAACUUCAACGAGGAGGAUGUGGAGCAGCCAGGAGUUGUAAAUAACAUUCUUCAUUCGAUGAUUCGUUCUGUCUCAGUUUCUCUAAAUGGGAAAACAAUUUCCCAAAAUGAAGGAGACUAUCAUUAUCGAAGCUACUUUGAGACUCUUCUAACCUAUGGAAAGGGAGCAAAAGAUACAUUUCUACGCAAUUCUGGAUGGAUUCGAGGAUACUGGGG